UUCUCUCUGUUAUUUUGGAAAGAAGCUUAAAAUACCGGUGACAGUGGUGAUGCCGGACUCAACGGCAAAUGAAAAAGUUAAGGAGUGUCGAAACCUCGCAGCAACAGUGCUCGUUCAGGGUAAAGAUAUGGAAGAAGCACAUAAUAUUGCUUUGCGUAUCGCCGAGAGAGACGGCUUGUGUUAUCUUGAUGGGAAUGAUCAUCCCAACAUGAUUAUUGGACAAGCUACCUUAGGCUUAGAAAUUAUUGAAAAUAUAGAAAAGAUUAAUAUAGUAUUGCUACCAACGACGAUCAAUGGUUGUGGAUUAACCACGGGUAUUGCGAUGGCUAUCAAAGAAUGGAAUCCAAAUAUAAAAAUUAUCGAGGUACGAACUACAGUUUCUGAUCCCUUAGUCGAAAACAUUAGAAGGCACACGAUUUCGUCUGAUGAAUUGGAAAUUCCUAUAACCGAGUACACGUGGUAUGAAAGUCAGUACGGAUUACCGGAAAUGUGGUUCGACACGAUUGUUACAGUAAAUGAAACAUUGGUUCGCAUUGCUGCCGAUCUUCUACUAACCGAAGCAAACAUUGUCGACUCUAAUGCAGCGAUUGGCGUAGCUGCGAUCUUAGCCGGUGAACUCCAUAAGGUAGAGGGAAACAGUGUAUUAAUACCUCUAUACGGCAAAAUCGAUUCGAUUACUGAACUAACGAAGAAGGAACAAUGAUUAUGGAGUCUUGUGCUGAUCAAAUCCUCACGGCUACUUGAAUAAACUUUUUAUAUUUCUGCAUUAAAAAAUCAAAGUAAAGAUUGUGUAUAUUUAAUGUAAGCAAUAUAAAUAAUUUGCAAAAUGUGACACAUAGAACAAAUCGUGAAACGCGCAUGCACGGGAGAGAAAGAAAGAGAGAGAGAGAGAGAUUGAUUGCUAUUUAUUAGAUGCUCUGGGACACAAUCCCCUCAAGAGAGAGAGAGAGAGAGAGAGAG